AUGACAGAGGACAAUUGUUUCGUUUAUGCUUGCAUUCAGGCUGGAGUAAAUGAAGAAACUAUUGACCACAUGAGAGAAGUCAUUCGUGUUAGAGACUUUCCUCAAAGUAAAGUACAAGAAAUUUCUGACGCAACUGGUAUAGCAUUCAAUGUUACCAUUGGUUAUUUCAAUGACUCAAGACAUAAUGAAAUAAAGAGAUAUAUACCAAAAGAAUGCGAAACUGUUAGAACUAUUGACUUACUUCUUGUUGAAGACCACUACAUGCUAAAUGAAAGACUUCCAAUGACAACAUAUUUCAUUCGAAACUAUAUAGAAAUCUUGAAGGAGUGUGGUGGAAUGAACAUUGAAAAACAGAUGAAAAUAUAUACAAAGAGAGAAGAUAAAUAUGUAGUUCGCAUGGAUAGAACUACACCGCUAUGGGAUGUUAUGAAAACAUUGUGGGAGUGCAAAUAUUUUGAACCUAUUUCUUAUGGAGAACUUUUCACAUAUACGACUGACUUAUAUAAACAGAACCUUGCACCAUUUAAAGAUUUGACAUAUGCUCCAAAGUAUUGUGUACAACUGAAGAAGAAAGCAGAGUCAAAAGAAGUAAAUAAAGCUAAAUGUAAGUUCAUACCUGAGCACGUUUUCUUUGCUGACUUUGAGUGUAGUACGGAUGGCUUUCAUAAAGCUUUUAACAUCUGUUAUGACAGUGAAGAUGGUUCAGUUAGUGAAAGUAUUUGGGGUCAAAACUGUGCAACAGAAUUUUUGGAAAGACUUCCUGACAAGAGUUUAAUAUAUUUCCAUAACCUCAGUUAUGACAUAAACUUCAUCUUAAGACACAUGACAGAAGUGAAAGGAACUCCCA